AUGGCAGAUGAGGAACAAGCCCCAAGCUCUAGGAAGAGGGUUGCAGGUACCCAAAUCAACAAGGAUAAUCUUGAGCCUGAUGAUGACGGACCAGAGCAAGAGAUGGGUACAUUUAAGAAAGCUACUGAGGAAGUUAUGGCAAUCCGGAGAAUUGUAAAGGUUCGGCGUCAGCAGACUUCAUCAGCUCCUUCUUCUAAUCCUUUCUCUGCAAUUAGAUUUACCCCCACUGAUUCUGGUGCUCAAACAAGUGCCCCUGUCCCAGAGGCCCAACCUUCAGAUGUCAAAGCUGAUGAGGGAAGUAAUGGUAAUGGGAAAGAUACUUUGUCUGUGCCAGAAAAGAAUGCAGGCUCUGGUGUAAAUACCGACUCUGGUGCCACAACUGAAGCACCACCUCAACCUGUUGAAACCAGUGACAAGGCAGAAGACACAAAGGAUGAAUCUGGUGGAGACAAAGUGGUAGUUGGAGAACCCAACGAAGGUAGCUGCAUGCCAUCUGAAGUUGAGGGCAAAACAAAAGAGGGAGAUGCUGAAGAAAAGGAAGGGGCAGAUGAAGCUGGAAAUAACGAUAAAAUUAGCAAGGAUGAUACUGAGAAGAAAGAUGGAGGUGAAUCAGAGACCAAGGAUGGCCUGUCUGAUGAGCAGAGAGAUGCUGAUAAAAUUGACAAGGAUGAUACUGAGAAGAAAGAUGGAGGUGAAUCAGAACAGAAAGAUGCUGAUAACAAAGGGCAGACAUCAUCAGCGACACCCCUUUUCUCGUUUAAGAAUCUGUCAAGUGGUCAAAAUGCUUUCACAGGUCUGACCGGAACUGGAUUUUCAAGCACAUCAUUCUCGUUUGGCUCAGCCUCUAAAGAUGGCUCAAGUGCUGGUCCUUUAUUUGGGCUGAAAGCUGAUGCGCUUGCUACUUCAGCAGAGGCACCCAAGAAAUUUGCUAUGACAGAGGGCCCUGUUGAAACCGGUGAAGAAAAUGAGAAGGCUGUAUUUACUGCUGAUUCUGCUUUGUAUGAGUACCUAGAUGGGGGCUGGAAAGAAAGAGGAAAAGGUGAACUGAAGCUGAACGUCCCUGUAUCUGGCGGUGAGAGAGCCCGGCUCGUCAUGAGGACAAAAGGCAACUACCGGCUGGUCCUGAAUGCAAGCCUCUACAACGACAUGUCACUCAAGGACAUGGACAAGAAGGGCGUGACGUUUGCCUGCAUGAACAGCAUUGGGGAGUCACCGAGCAGCCUUGCCACAUUUGCUCUGAAGUUCAAGGACACAGCCACCAGGGAGGAAUUCAAGGAUGCGGUGGAGUCUCACAAGACAAGCAAGGCACCGGACGCGCCGCUGAAGACGCCGGAGAACUCACCGAAGGCAGCAGAAGUCUGA